AUGAAACACAUAAUCUAUCUUACUAUCUACUCUCCUUUUAGUUUUAGAUCAAAAGAAAUAAAAGUCGACGUUACUCCAAAAAGACAUAAUAAGAUGAGUCAAUUCCCAGACGUUUUAAACCCACACCAAGACGACAUCCUUAAGAUGUUGGCCUGUCAAACUCACAUGGGUACCACCAACUGUGACAAGAACAUGGAAACCUACGUUUGGAAGAGAAAGGACAACGGUACUCACAUCCUCAAUCUUGCUAAGACCUGGGAAAAGAUCCAAUUGGCUGCUCGUGUCAUCGUCGCCAUCGAAAACCCAGCUGAUAUCUCAAUUAUCUCUGCUCAAGCCUACGGUCAACGUGCUGUUUUGAAGUUCGCCAACUUUGUCGGUGCCACCGCCUUCUCUGGUCGUUUCACCCCAGGUACCUUCACCAAUCAAAUCCAAUCCAAGUUCACCGAGCCACGUUUGUUGAUCGUCUGUGACCCAGUCUCUGACCGUCAACCAUUGAUGGAAGCCUCAUACGUCAACAUCCCAACCAUCGCUCUCUGUAACACCGACAGCAAGUUGGACGGUAUCGACAUUGCCAUCCCAUGUAACAACCGUGGUAAGAACUCCAUCGCCUUGAUGUUCUGGCUUUUGGCUCGUGAGGUCUUGUUCUUGCGUGGAACCCUCUCACGUGACAAGCCAUGGGAAACCAAGGUCGAUCUCUUCAUCUUCCGUGAUACUGACGAAGAAGUCGAGAGAGAAAAGGAGAAGGUUGCCCCAGCUUUCGCCAUUGCUCCAGCUCCAGUCAUUGAAUACGCUGAGCCAGUCGAAUCUGCCGAUUGGUCCGCUGCUCAAAACUAA